UAGCGGGUCACUCUCAGUUGAAGGAUGGAGUGAGAGAGAGCGGGUGUGUUCUUGUUUUUCGCGUGGACUGUGAGGUCUGUGAGUCUCUGGACAUCUAUAGCGCGCAUUACACGCAGCAUUUCUGUCUCCGCGCAGGAACACGACAGGCUGACGCUGAUGGGCUGGUUGGGCGUUUGGGCUUUGUCCGUCCUGCUUGGAUCUUCACUAUGGCUGGCUUACGGAGUCCGAGCCGGCGCUGGAACUGGAACUACAGUGAAGGAGGGUGAAAAGGGACUUCAUGAAGAACAAUAUGGAGGAGUUGAAAAUAAAGUCAAGCUAAAUGAGGGUCAAUGCAGGAGGACGUACUGUGGUCGGGGUCGGGAGUGCGUGGUCAGGAACGUAACGGGCCGUGUCGAGUGUGUGUGCCAGGAACGGUGCCACACUUCCUUUGUUCCCGUGUGUGGCUCUGACGGACGUUUUUAUGAGAACCACUGCGAGCUGUACCGCACCGCUUGCCUGCAGCGGAGGAGGAUCUAUGUGGUCCACAGCAAAGACUGCUUUUUCAAAGGCGACACGUGCACCAUGGCGGAGUACAACAAGCUGAAGAGCAUGCUGCUGGAUAUGCAGCCCAGGACCUUCACGGACGGGGAACCGAACGCCAUGGACCAGAGGAGGACUCUGGUGGACACCAUGUUCAAGUAUAUAGAUAGAAACCAGGACGGCCGUCUGAGCAGCGAGGAGCUGGCAGAGAUCUCCAUAAAGGAGCAUUUGGAAAACAUCUUAUUGGAGUGCAGCAUGCAAGACCUCCUGCGAUACGACGACUACAACAACGACGGUCACCUGACCCUCCAGGAGCUCUACACGGCCUUCCAGGUGGUUCAGCUCAGUCUAGCUGAUGAUAAGCGUCUGAGCGUCACAACAGUGACCGUUGGCCUGAGCGCUGUGCUGUCCUGCGCCAUUCAGGGCACUCUGAGACCGCCCAUCAUCUGGAAGAGAAACGGCAUCAUCCUCAACUUCCUGGAUCUAGAGGAUAUCAAUGACUUUGGCGACGACGGCUCGCUCUACAUUACUAAGGUGACUACGAUUCACAUGGGGAACUACAGCUGUCACGCAUACGGCUAUGAGGAGCUGUCCCAAACCCACGUGCUCCAGGUGAAUGUGCCUCCAGUAAUCCUGGUCUAUCCGGAGACUCAGGCCCAGGAACCCGGUGUCGCUGCCAGUUUGCACUGCCAUGCAGAUGGUAUUCCAAACCCCAAACUCACCUGGCUGAAGAACGGCCUGGACCUGCAGCCACACGGAUCCAAGCAGAUUUCACUUCUCGCUAAUGGCAGUGAGCUUCACAUCAGUAGUGUGCGUUAUGAAGACACCGGGGCUUAUACCUGCAUCGCUAGAAACGAAGUUGGUGUGGAUGAAGACAUCUCAUCUUUGUUUGUGGAAGAUUCGGCACGUAAGACACUGGCCAACAUUCUCUGGAGGGAGGAAGGGCUCAGUGUGGGCAACAUGUUCUACGUGUUCUACAGCCACGGGAUCAUCAUACUGCAGCCUGGCAACUGUGAGAUUCGCAGACGCAUCACGCGGACAGAGAGGAUUCUGGGUAGUGAUGAAGAGCUGUGUCCCAGAAGCACGGGCGUCUCUUCACACGAGUGCGUCUGGGCGUCAGCGGUCAGCGUUAGGGACAAGUACGUGUACGUGACUCAACCGCUUCACAACAGACUGCUGCUGAUCGACACACAGGCGCAGAGAGUCGUGCAGGCUGUGGAAACAGACGCCAUGCCCGUCAAACUCUUCUACGACAAAUCUCACGAUCAGCUGUGGGUCUUGAGCUGGAGAGACCUGCUGAAGUCCCGCUCUACGCUCCAGGUGAUCACUUCUGCAAGUGCAGUGGAGCAGCGUCAGAUCGUUCACACUCCGUUUGAAAGAGUGGAGGAUUUCUACAUCCCCCCCACCAACCUCAUUAUCACCCACGUAAGGUUUGGCUUUGUCUUCUUAAAAUCGGAGUCUGCGGUGCAUAAAAUCGACCUUGAGACCCUCCAUCUCGUCAAGACCAUCAGUCUGAAGAACUACAGCUGUAUUCCAGCCAGCAUGGCCUACACUCAUUUAAGCGGCUAUUAUUUUAUCGAGUGCCAAGUUGAGAACCGUUCGACUCCCAGCUCGCAGAUUCUCAUUGACAGUGUAAGCGACACAGUCAUUGGACCAAAUCCCAACAUCAAUGGCCGGCCGUUCGUCUCUCCAGACGGCCGUUUCAUCGUCUCCGUGGAUAAGCGACGCAGAAAGCUCCAAGUCCAGACCAUCUCCUUCAGCGGCGAGCUGCAGAUAAGCCACGAAGUGGAUCUCUCGAUUCCACUCGCAGACUUGGAGUUUCAGCCGUCCUUCACAGAGGCCAACCAGUACGUGGUCGUGACCUCUUCGGCUCAGGGCUCGGAGCUGGUUUUCUCGGACCUGGCGACAGGAAGAGCGAAAGCCCUUCAGAACAUCAAGGAUCCGAUUCCAGCCACCAGCUGGCCUUGGGGAGACGCCAAUAGGGUGGUGGUCUCCAGCGGGGUGUUUGGACGAUACUUGGUCACGUCUUCGGCCGAGUCCCUGUUCGUUUUGGACGGCAAACAGAGCGGCCCUCACUGCGAGGUGUCAGAGGUCAAGAGAGGGAACACAGUGGUGUGGGUGGGUGAGGUAUGAGUGGCGUACCGCGGGCCGGUUCUGCAGAGGAUUGCGUCGGCCCACGGGGCCAAAGCUCGGGAAAACCUUUAAGGGAUGCGAAUGGACUUGACCCUAGUAGUGAGUUAAACGAACCUAUGUGCGGGUUUCUGUAUAGGUACACACAACAUGCACACACAUUCAACAACGGCAAGAAACCUUAUACAACAAGGGAACGAAUGAAAACACCCUUCAGUGCAACAGUGAGCUAAUUUAAUGAGAGAUGUACAUUUUUUGCACUUCCUUGUUAGCAGAAGUAGUGUUAAGCAGCAGACGGGUUAGGUGAUGGCUGAACUAUGCACAAUGCUUUUUAAAGUUUUUCAGUGUUUUUCUUUUCAUUGUGUUCACUUGUGAUAUACGGUCACUGCAGGAAAUGUGUCCAUCGGUGUCACGUCUGUUUAUGUCGGUGUAGAAGAUUGUGUUGUUUGCAUCGUCCCAGUGUUUCUGACUACACGUUUCAACAGCUUAUUGUUUGUUUGUUUGUUGUUUUUUUACAGUUAUUAGUACAACACUUAAAAAUAAACAUGUUACAGUAACAUCUAGCAGUUUCCUCUUUCUAAGCUGUUUAAAUGAGAUGAGUACUUUCUGUUGUCCUGAAAGCUUUCUGUGUGCGUGUUUGGUUUUUAUGGAGAUACACUUUGGGGACACAUUUGUAAGUUAUUAGUACAACACUUAAUAAUAAACACGUUACAGUAACAUUUAGCAUUUUCUUUUUUUUUUUUUAAGCAUGCGUUGAAUCACUUUAAUCUCACUGGUGCUACGUCACCCCCUGAAGUAUGACGGCGUACCGUGAAAGCUAUAAAGGAUACUUGGAACAAAUGGCUCAUUUCCACCGAGCGACACAAUUCAGUUCAGUACGAUUCGGGACAGGAAACUCUGAUCCGGCUUGCAUUUCUACCACCAACCAUACCCUUACUUGCAACCUGGUCUCAUGGGAGAGACGUACCCGUGGGCACGUUUUCGCGAGACACAAAAUUACGUGCCGAUGCGUACGUCUCGCUGCAGUUUCUGACAGAAACGAACGCUAGAGGCCGGUAAAACGUCAAUGAGCGCUUUUAGGUUUCGACGACGGCCGGGGUCGGAUUACGGAUUCAUAAAGACUCGUUUUCACAUCUCCUUGCGCAAUAUCAUGUCACGACUUCAAAACGCUUCUUACCGGAGCGCCCGAUUUGUAAACGAACGUACUUUGGACUUUCCAGCUCUAUGCGUUUUGCUUUUUUUGGCCGCAACCAAGCUUGCUCGGUAGCUCAGUUGGACUUAUGAUGAGGAGUCGACUCCCCAACACCGAAAAUGUGAAAAACGUACCGCAUUCACCCUAUUAUCUGCUCCGGAAAAAAAAAAAAAAAGGAACACGCUUUUAGCGCCGCUCAGUGGACAUUUCGCAUCGAAACUGCAGCGAUAUGUACUCAUUGGUACGUAUUUCGGGACUCGCGAAAACGUAGCCACGGGUACGUUUUCGUCAUGAGACCAGGUUGCUUACUUGAUAGGCGUGGUGUAUGGCAGAAAGAAGCGAUCGACGUCAUUCUCGUGUGAAGAAGAAAGUGACAGUAAACAACAAUGGAGGAAAUACAGCAGCUUUGUUUGAGCAAAGGCUGAAGGCUGCAAUGAAAAACAGCCAAAAAGUACACAUUGUGUUGCAACGGUAUUGUGCUGUUAUUUCCCUAGUAGCAUAAGCAAGUGACGAUUCUCUGACAACCAAUCAACGUUCUGCAGUGAGUGUAGCUCCACCCUUUUGGUACCAGUACUAUUGUGCUAGGUACCCCAACGGAAGGGUCCCAAAAAAGUGGUACAGUACGGUUCAGAAUUAGGGUACCAUUCACAACUUCUGACAAUGGAAAUGGCAAAAAUUGCGUACCAUACGGUACUGAACUGAAUCGUACCACUAGGUGGAAAAAGCCAAAACAGAGUCAGCUUCUGAUUGGCUGAAGUAAGUCAAUCACUUACAGGUAUGCCGGAAGUAUGGCAAGGCGACACAGCAUCUCGUUCCCUUGUCAGGGAACCAGAGUUACAGUUAUAACCGAGACGUUCCGUUUCAAGGAGUCAGAAUGUUGACGCUAUGAGAACUUUCAUACCCACUGCACCAUACUGACAAAUGUUUGUCCUUUUGUGAAUCAUGUCGAGCACAGUUUAGGACAGAAGCACCUGAGACCCUGGUGUGGAGUCCAAAUCCCAGCAAUAGAAUCUGAUGAAUGUGUUUGGAGAGGCACAGCCCACCGCGUCACACACCUCUUGGAGGGAAACUCCUGACAGUAAAGCCUUAGAGGCCACCAUACUCCUAGUAGAAUGAGCCCUUAUAACAAGAGGCGAAGGAAGGUCAUGCUGUAGAGCUGUAGUAAUAGCCUCAGCAAUACACUUGCUUAUUCUUUGUUAGGUUGAUGAGGAACCCUGUCUGGGUGAACCAGAGAAUACAAGCAUCUGGUCAGUCUUACACCACUGGGCAGAGUAGUGGGUGUAACACUCAAGUGUCCUAACUGGGCAAACUGUGUUAUGUAUCUCUUGGUCUGCCUACUGAAAUGGAGGAUAAAGGCCUGCAGAACAACUGAGUGUGCUACUGUAUGUUAGUCUGAACUUUAGGCAUGUAACCCAGUCUAGGGUUAAGAAUUGACCCUACCGGGAACAAACUCUAGGCAAAAGGAGGCAACAGAGAAGGCCUGCAGAUCUCCUACCCUUUUAAGACCGGUAAUAGUGAGCAAGAAGCAGUCUUCAACCUCAACCACCACCACUUGGAUGAUGCAAUGGCAGCCAAAGAACAACAGUGCACUCACCAACCAAUUCAGUGGAUGGGGAUAAUUAGGAGACCAUGAUUGGUAAGGGCCAAUGGAGAGAAUUUGGCCAGGUAGGGAUGUAAUCCUGGUCUCCUGGCCAAAUUCCCACCAUUGACCCUCUUUACAAGAAGUGCCAUGGGCCACAAUGACCACAGAGUGUCAGGACCUCGGUUUAACGUCUCAUCUGAAGGACGGUGCUUGUUUCAGUAUAGUGUGUUUGUCACUAUACUAGGCCAUUAGGACCCACACAGACCACUCUGCUGGCCUCACUAACACCUCUUCCAGCAGUAACCUAGUUUUCCCAGGAGGUCCACCAUCCAGGUACUGACCAGGCUCAACCCUGUUUAUCUUCAGUGGGCAACCAGUCUUGGGCUACAGGACGAUAUGGCUGUGGUCAAAGGCAUAAAGUUUCCUCGUGGAGGAAGCUCUAGAGUUUAGGAUGGUCUCAACAACCUCUGUUGAGAGACCAGAGUUCAGGAGUUGAUUCCCUUCAGUGGCCAAACCUACAGCUUCCACAUUUCCGGCCAGGUGUGAUAGAAUGUGCCCUCGGCCUGUGACAGGAGGUCCCUCCUGAUGGAGAGCCAUUUAGAAGAGGCAACAGUUGGCCAGCCAACUGAUGAACUCAGAUACAGAUGUAGCCUCGGCCACUUCUGCACCGUGGCGUCCAACCCCAGGGGAGGGAGAACCAGAGCGGACAGUGCAUCGUCUCCUGAGAUGCAAACAAGUCCACUUCUGCCUGGGCAAACUUUCUCCAAAUCAACUCCAAAAAGAGUAACACAGAGCCCUUACUGAAGACGCAGAAGCUGAUGAUGUUUGUUCUGGAUAUCCUUUAUGGCUUCCAUGGUACGCCAUUACGUGUCAUGGGGUGACAUUGCAACAAUGAGAUGGGAAUGAUCCAAAACUUCCCUGUUGAAAAAAAACAGCAUAUGCUGGUUAGGUAUGUUUUGAAGCAUGGCAGCUGGUCAUGAGCU